UAUAUUAGAUACAACCGUUUGAUACAAAACUCAAAUCACACGGCAAUUUCGCUUCUCACCCUCAAAAUUCUCCAUAAUUUCAACCUCUUUCCGUCAGCAGUGAAUCACGAUUGGUACUUUAAUUCAUUAUUCAAUGGUUUUCCUCAUUUUCUCCUAUUUUUCUCCUAUGUCACUCAAAUCGUGGAGGAUUAUGGCCCUGGUUUUCCGAUUUGAUGUAAUGGGUGACAAAAGCUUCCAUAUCUAUGACGAUUGACGCAGUCCAUUGAAAUCUCUUUGUGGUGGAAGGGAUACAUGGAGGAUUAAAGUAAGGGUUAUUCGUGUAUGGGAGAUGUCUCCAGUUUCUCAACCAUCAAAACCAUAUGCUAUGAGUUUGGUCUUGGUUGAUUCUGAUGGUAUGAGGAUUGAAGCGGUCAUACGUAAAGGCAUGAUCCAGAAAUUCAAGAGGCUGAUUGUUGAGGGCCAAGUUUACAAAAUAGUAUACUUCAAUGUUGUUGAAAAUGAUGGAGCUUAUCGUGCAUCCCCACAUGAGUUCAAGAUUGUGUUUAAUGGUAGGACAAAGGUGGAACGUGACCAAUCUGAUAUCAUACCAUUGAACUCUUUCUACUUCAAGAACUCUGAAGAAAUCUCUGCUACCCUUGGUGAAUCAGAUGUUUUGGUUGAUAUGAUUGGGUUGGUUACUGCUAUAUCUACUGAAAAGCAAUAUGUGAAGGGUGGUAAUGUUAAUAAGAUUAUUGUGUUGGAGCUCACUGAUGAUAGUUAA